AUUCGAUUAAUACGGCUCUCGCGAUAAUCCGGCCUCUUCCUUGGCCGUCGUAAAGUAAGACAAAAGGCCAUGUUCAGUACCAGCGCCAAAAUAGUGAAACCUAAUGGAGAAAAACCAGACGAGUUUGAGUCUGGGAUCUCCCAGGCUCUGCUGGAGUUGGAGAUGAACUCUGACCUGAAGGCUCAGCUGAGGGAGCUGAACAUCACUGCAGCAAAGGAAAUCGAGGUUGGUGGCAACCGGAAAGCCAUCAUCAUCUUCGUUCCUGUUCCUCAGCUGAAGUCCUUCCAGAAGAUUCAGGUGCGGCUGGUGAGGGAGCUGGAGAAGAAGUUCAGUGGCAAACACGUGGUCUUCAUUGCACAGAGGAGAAUUCUGCCCAAACCCACCAGGAAAAGUCGCAGAAAGAAUAAGCAGAAGCGUCCCAGAAGGUGAGAUGGUUCUCAUCAAAGGU